UCUCUUGCAGAGCAGAGAAAGAAAAGGUAAAAAAAAUGGUGGAAGCUUGAUGCGAGAUGCUAGCUCGUUUUACCUUCGCCUUAAAAUUUCAUUUUACCUCUAGAAGAUAACUCGUAUCGUUUCUGAAAGCUUUUACGCAGGAAGAUGGAGUGGUGACCUCCUAACGGGGGUCUGAUCAUGGCAUUGUGUUGAGGGGUCUUUGCUGAUGUACCUCCUGAAAGAAAAUCUAGGCGAUCACUGCUGACCAUUCCUAAUUGUCCUAAAUGAAGGUUGGACUGAUGCAAUAUGGGUGCCAAAACCGGUGCUAAGGCAGGACGCCCAUUAAAACAAAAUGGAAAAAACAAAGCCCCGGAGAAAGAAGAAACGCCUGUAGGUCCUGAUUAUUCAAUUCUUCGCAAGCCAGUAGAAAUAAGUGUAUCAGGACUUAAUGAAGUUAUCAAAGUUUUUCAAAGUUGCUCCACGGAGUUACACCAUUUGCUAUCUCAUGAGUGUGAUGUGGUUUAUGAAUGCAAAGUUUGUAGAAACCUUUUUCGAAGUUUAGCUAAUUUUAUUUCUCACAAGAGGGUCUAUUGCACUCAACUACAGGGAAAUACAGGAGGCAAUGUAUUUAAAUCAAACAAAAGGGUUCAUGAUACAACAGUCAUUGUGGAACCGGAAUCUGUUCGGACCACGAGAUCUAGAGAAAACUGGCGCACAAGUGAUGCAAUAGGUUCAGAGGAAGGUAAAGAAGUUUAUGAACCAAAGACAAGGAAUGCUCUUGCAGAACCAGCCCCAUUUCGCAUCACAAUCAAGAAAGACCUUACUUCAAUUGUUGAGAAACUUAUGCAGAAAACCUCAUCACAAACUUUGACUGAAACUGUUGGGCACUUAUCAUCUUCAUCUGAGUUCUAUGAUGGAGUUAGUAAGGAACUCAAAGAUAGACAAAAGGAUGCCAAACAACAAACAAUCCAUCUGGAACCCAUAGAAAAUACCUCUUUUGGGGUGUUUCAGACUAUUGUGCAAACUUCAGGGUCGUCAAAUGAACUGAUCAAGUCUCAGGUGCAAGAUCUACAGCGGAUCAUGUCAGACACUGAAGCUGUUCUUGGUCCAGAUGGUCGAGUAAUUGAUACUGCUGGAUCCCAGAGCAAUACUGUAUUCCAUGAAGAUAGGAGAAAAAAGAGUAAAGCUGUAAAUGGAGAAGAAUAUAAUGGUCCUCCAGUUACAGCUCCUGAAUCAGAAGUAGAGCUUUUCUGCAAUUUGUGCAAGGAGCACUUUCCUUCUUAUAAAACCUUGAAUCAUCAUAUGAAGACCCUACAUAUGACUUACCGUACCUUUUAUCCUUGUCCAUGUUGCAAGGUUCCUCUUUCUAAUUCAUGGAGUGUAUAUCGUCAUUUACUGAAAGUUCAUCGGAAAACCAAUGAGCAAAUUCGUAAAUUGAGAGAGAAGGUUAUAAAGAGGUCUUUCAAGAAAGAGGUCUUGCAGAGUGGUGCACAAAAACUUUUAAAAUCCAAUGUCUCUGAAAAUCCACUGUGCCCUUCUGAAUUAAUUUUUGAUGCUAGCCAGAAACCAAUUCCUACAAAUGAUGGGGACAGCUACAAGCAAUGGUUUGGUCAUGACGAUGAUGGCCUGGAUAUGCAGUGCUGUGGGGGCUGUGGACGGCGUUUUGAAAGGAAAGUUGCUCUCCUGGCACAUUUCCAGUCAUGCAGUAAAAAUUCUGGAAAGCAAAAUUCAUCUGGUUCUAGUAAAACACCCACACAGUCAGAGAAACCUGCUACUGUGGGUCGUAUUUCACUGCCUAAUAAGGGAACAGCUUCUCCUAAUGUUCUUGGACUGAUUUCACCUGUGGCAUCAUCCCGAUCUUCUACUCUGCCUGUACUUCCUUUGCACCUCUCGCAUGAAAAACUAGCAGUUCCUACUAAAAAAAUUGAAAUUCAGAUCAGAAGGGAUUAUGGAAAAGCAUCUGUUUCCAAUUCGGAUGGUCGAACAAGAACUCCAUCCACUAGUAGGUCAGAAGAUGGAGCAGCUUCUAUCAGUAGAUCUGAUGAUGGAACUUCAUCUGGAAGCAGUGAGACGGACACAAGUGGAGAGAAAAUAAUCAACCUUCAGAAGCAGAAUGAACAACAGAGUGAGCUGGAAUCAAGAGACUUUGAAAGAAGUAGAAGACCAUCACUUCCAGGCCAAUUGGCUAACAUUGAGCAACCUGUUAAACGGCGAGUUGGCCGACCGCGCAAGAACCGUCCACAACUCGUCCAAGUUAAUGGGACAAGUGUUUCUAUUUCUGAUGGUAGUGAUGAUUCAAAUGAUGUCAGAGAUAAGCAAUUAAAUUCGACUAGAGCCAUUGAAAGAAGGAAAAGGAAAGCUGAUAACUCUAACCAAGAUGAGAGUGACGAGGAAAUCUGGACUAAGACUAAAAAAGAUCAUAGAUUGGCAGCUGACCAUAGUGAUAAAGAUCAUGUUGUGAACUCUGUAGAUGAGGAGAGUGAAGAUGAUGUCUUUUCAUUAAAGCCUAAAACAGAUGAUCAGCAUAAGCAAAGUGAUAAAGAUCGUAGAUUGUCAUCACCAUCAAGCAGCAAAAAUUUAGUUUGUCGACUCUGCCGGAAAAAGUUUAAGUCAUCUAUAGAUCUACGGCAACACUUAACAGUCAUGCACAUAAACUACAACCGUUUCCGCUGUCUUAUUUGUGAUUUUAGAUGUUUCUCUAAAGUUGAUUGCAUUACCCAUGCCUUGAGAAUGCAUCUGGACCCUUGGGAAAAGGAAAAGGCAGCAGGAAUGGUUCAGGAUAUCCAAAUGGAUGCUGGUGGUAGUACAGAUAUUCACCCGUACGAUGUUCAUAUUGACAGUGGUGAUUCUGAGAGUGCUGCGAGUGAUCCUAGUACUCCCUCAGAAACUCCUGAGAAGUCAGAAGACUCCUCUCACGAAGAAUUGCCAAAUUUGGAGGUAGCAGUUCAUGAAGGACACACUCUAGAAGGUGCAAAGGAAAUAAUUGGUGUAGCUUGACUAAAUCCUGAUAUUUAUGUGCCAAAUGUUAAUCAAUUUGAAAGCAAGUGAGUCUUUCAAACUGAGUAUUGUGCUUCAGAAUUACUGUGUAUCACUUGUGCUCAUUUAGUUUAAAGUCAACAUGUUUUUCCUAAUUUUUGAUGUGUGAUAAUGGUGUAUAAUUUUGAAAUUGAAUCAUUGCAAUUUGUUUUGUUAUGAAACAAUACUACUUAGUAAUUCUCAUUCAUAGUUCUAGCUCCCAUUACAUUUUAUGGUUGUACCAAUUGCUUGCUGACCUGACUUUAGGAAAGCUCAAUAAUAAGUCACCGGUCAUGGAUUUUCCCAAUUUGGAAAUAACUUUUAUUUUGCUCUGGGGGACCAUCACUGAAACAACUUGAUUGUGACUAACAGAGCAAUAAUAUCAAGCCUUAUCUCGAGAACUUCCUUGUUGAGCUCUUUAGUUAUUGGCAAACUGUAUUUUAGGAAGCCACGAUGAAUCCUAUUAUACAUAUUUUUCAUUCAGGUGUAAGGAACUUGAGUUCCCAAGUUAAAAUUUAUGGACUUUAUCAAUUUAUCUUCCAGAUAACAAUGGAUGACACAGGGUAAUCUAAAAAUAACAAGACACAACUUGUAAUCCCGAAUGAUACUCUACUCUAAACAAUUCAUGAGACUCUUGAUGUUUUGUGCUUGUGACUAGAAGUAUAAAAAAUUGCUACGUUUUGUGCAUGAUGCUCAGUUAGUUUAAUUUACUUAACAGACAACAUUGUGACUUAUUUUCAUAUAUUUUUGAGCAUUCCUUUUUGUCUAAUGUCAAUGAAUUUGAAGCUAACGGGUUUAUCUCUUGCACCUUAUAUAUGAACACUUUCCAAUGCUAUAGGAUGCUAGCUAGUGUUCAUGCCAUUGGGUCACUAUAAUCUGGCAGGUCUAUUUUAGUGCUACUAGAUCUGAGUAAUGUGCCUUAAACUUUAAUCUUUUUAAAAGCAGGAAAACCAACACGUUAUUAUUACUUAUGUGUGAUGAUGAUGGAACUGAAAGGCCUAUAUUUGCAUACAAUAGGCUGCUUGAUUUUUGUCUUUGAUUAUCAAACUUGGAACACAGUAUUAACAAUUGAUAUAGUUCCUUACUUGGCACCUGACCAUCACUUGCUGUUUACAGGUAACUGCCAUCUCUUAAAAUAUGUGUACAUAUAUUUUGCGAUCAGUUAGUGUUAUUAUUUCCUAUUUUUCUGUUUUAAUUGUGAUUUUGAACUUGGUCUUGUGUAUAAAUCUGUGAUUCUUUCUCUUA